GGUGUAUAUCCUGUAACGUUAUUUCCCGACUUUGUAACCGUAUUUCAAAGAUAAACGGAUUUGAUUGUCAUUCUUGGUAUAAAAUACGCAAUCAUUUCGGUUAUUUAUUGUAUCUAUUUGUUGUGAGUCUUAAUAAUUUGAUGGAAUAUGCGGUUUAUUGAGCAGCGAUAGACGUUUUCGUUAGCGUUGCUCGGUGUGGGGCAUCAGGAAGCGUGAUUAUGCGGGAAUUUCAAGAUUUCAGUUCCCGCCAACUUCCUUGUAGAAUGCUACCAGUAGAGCAGCUGCUCCAAGUCUGUUGAGUUGAGUGGUUUAGAGAGAAGUCGGUCCUCCAAAAAGUUGUUGUGUGGCAUUCAAUUCGAUUGACUAGUUCAAUUUGCAAGUGCAUAUCCGUUACAUAAAUGGUCAACGGAAAUGAUCCUCGAAAUUUUCUUAUGUUAUUAGCUUAUUUGUGCAAUUGAAAGUCGGUAACUGAAAGUGGUUUUCAGUUGAAAUCGGAAAUAUGAGGUGACGGCUUUGGUGAAGCCAAACCAAACAAAAGGCUCACCUUGUUUGUCCAUGUCGGCUUCCCUUUGGAUAUCAUUAUGGUGUUGAAAAAAAUUACGUGAAAUAAGAAAAGAUGUCCCGUUUCCAAAGGACAUUGACGUUUGAAAAUGAACAUGCUCCAACAAUGUCAACCCCGGAUCUUUCACAAAAGUUCGGAAAGUCUAUGGAAACAUCUUUAGGCUCGAGCCCGUCGCCCUACCAUUUACUGGACCAUGAGUACGGUAUGACCCCGCAGAACCAGAUUAUGCAACGGCCUACGGAACCACCUAGGACUCAGACUGUGAAGAGAAGGCUCAAUUUGGAAUCUCCGACUAGUGAAAAUGGCUUUAAAACACCGAAAACGGCAAAGAAGAUGAGAGUCAGUAACUCGAGUCCGGGGCCGGGCAAAAAACCGGCCCUAACGAGGUACGACACGUCUCUGGGUCUUCUAACCAAGAAGUUUGUAGACUUGCUGAAAUCAUCGCCCAAAGGAGUCAUUGAUCUCAACGUAGCAUCUGAAAAACUCGAAGUACAAAAACGCCGAAUCUACGACAUCACAAAUGUGCUCGAGGGCAUCGGCAUUCUCGAGAAGAAAUCAAAGAAUAACAUUCAGUGGAAGGGAGGCCAAGUUCCUGCUGAUUCAGUAAACUCACUGGAAUCAACAAUAACCGACCUCAAGGCCACUGAGAGGAAUCUAGACAAACUGAUUAGCGAUUCCGAGAACCAGUUGAAGAAGAUGAACGAGCAGAAGCGGUUCGCCUACAUCACGUACCAGGACUUGCGGUCGGUGGAGGAGUAUCACACGCAGACUGUGAUGGUGAUUAAGGCGCCUCCCGAGUCACGGCUAAAUGUGCCAAUCGAGUCCACAUCGGCUGCCCCCGCCGCUACCGCCUCUGGUACCGGACCUAAGAAGUACACAAUGAACAUGAAGAGCAGCUCGGGUGAGAUCGAGGUGUUCCUGUGUCCCGAGACAGACGAGUGCUUGUCGCCGGUCAAGGAGGACCCCACCCCCCGCUCACCAUCCCCACUCCUCCUGCCCAAAAACGAGCCCUGCUACGCUGCUGAGGAGGAGGAGGAUGAGGAGGUGAUAGCAGCAGGAGGAGCACUCAGUCGCCGUCUCUUGCAGGAGGAGGAGCGACUGGUUGCCUCCUCACUGGAUAUCAGGCAACAGCAAAGCAACAGUGUUGAGCAACGGUUGCAAGAUCCCUUCGAUGCCAUGGUGCCUAGCACGUCGGCUGCUGAUAGUCCACAGGACCUGCUACCGUCGUCGGCCCUGGAGGACGAGACGUGGCAGAUGCUGAUCAAGCCGGAGCCCAUGUCGGAUGGCGGCGGAGCGGGAGGAGGAGGGGUGGGGAGUAGCAGUCGUGCGCGGGGUCUCAUCUCCGAGGAGGACGACUACUCCGGCUAUCAACUCAUGACCGACGACCAGCACACUUCCGAACCGUUCUCGUCGUUCACCGAGCCGUUCUCCGAACCGUUCAUGCUGCUCGAGCCGCCUCUCUCCGAAGCCGACUACAUUUACACUCUGGAUCACAACGAGGGUCUCAGGGACCUCUUCGAAUUCGACUACUAACAACCCUAACACAGGUUCUAGGCAUUAUGUGUACACUAUACUAACGGGCAACCGGAUUGGAAUAUGCGAUAUAUUAGGCUAAGGAUAAAAUUGCAGAAAAUAUUCGAAACUGAUAUAUUUGCAUACUAUGAUAGUUUCCUAGAUUGACGCCAAAAUGAAAGAGCUAUACAUUUCCCGCCAAAAUGAAAGUUUUGACGCCCCAUUUCCCGCCAAAAGUUGAUCAUUGGAAUUAUUUUCGCAAUAAUUUAGACAUUUCUACAAUCACAAAAUAAUAACAAUAGUAAAGUUAACAAAAGUACAACAUUUUAGAAGUAUACAGUACAAUAUAAUUAACAAGAUCAUGUGACAAUAUUAAGCAAAGUAAUAAUAAAAUUUUGGCAAAAGUAACACUUAAGUAGGAUGAUACACUACUUUGAUAGUUUCCUAGAUUGACGCCAAAAUGAAAGAUUUGACGCCAUUUCCCGCCAAAAGUUGAUCGUUGACCAAUAUUGAGGAUAUUUCCCUUCACAAUUUAAAAAUUUGCCGCUAAAAGUCGUGUCAAUUUUGAAAAAAAAAACAAGAGUAUUUGCUGUCAAACUUUCUAGAUUGGUUCAAAAUGUAAAAUGCUGUGUAAAAUCCAAAACAUGAAAUUGUUCGAUAGUUUCCUAGAUUGACGCCAAAAUGAAAGAGCUGAACUUUUCCCGCCAAAAUGAAAGUUUUGGCGCCAUUUCCCGCCAAAAGUUGAUCAUUGAAAUGGUGAGAAGAUUUUCCGUCACAAUUUGAAAAUUUGCCGCUAAAAGUUGUGUCAAUUUUGAAAAAAAAACAAGAGUAUUUGCGGUCAAACUUUCUUCCUAGAUUGGCUCAAAACUCAUGUUAAAUGCUGUGUCAAGUCCAAAACAUGAAAUUGAAGUAUAUCUUGUGCCAUAAAUGUUAGAAAUUGAGAACAAAAUUUUCCGCCAUAAUUUCUAUGAAAGGUUGUCAGAAAAAAAAAUGAAUCAGUGGUGGAAUGAAUGCUGUAAGUAUUCAUAGUGAAAUCGUAGUUUUAUAACACGAAUAGUUGUAUCAAAUUCCGUUUUGGCGGGAAAAUUUGCCGCAGACAUUUUCCUUGUCCAACUGUUUUCAUGGCAUAAUAUUGUAGGCGGUUGUAAAUUUAGGCCGCAAAUAGUCUUGUUAAAUUUAUUUUCGAUACAAAAUUUUGGAAAACUGCGUGCUUUAACGUCCAACCGAAUUAUGGCGGGAUAACUCACUGUCCAAACAAAACCAUAAAUAAUAAGAUCUCUUUUGUUGAUUUAUAUCUUGUAAUUAUAUAGCUAUGAUAGCUUGUUGCUAUAUAGCUAUUCAUGUACUAAAAGCAUGUAGUGCCACUCUAUUGCUCGAGCAAAAUAGUUAUA